AUGACAACUGAGAUUUUUGAAGACAUCAAAUUGGAAGACAUUUCUGUCGAUGAUAUUGAUUUCACUGAUUUGGAGCAGGAAUAUGGUAUUUCCGCCUCUACUUCUACCAAUGAUGAAAUUGACAAUUUUAUUCAUUUUGAUCACUAUGUCGUUGUUACUGGUGCUCCAGUUAUUCCUGAAGCCAAAGUCCCAUUGUUAACUAAAGCUUUGACUGGACUUUUCUCUAAAGUAGCCAAAGUUGUCAAUAUGGAAUUUCCAAUUGAUGAAGAAACAAAAAAGACUAAGGGGUUUCUUUUCGUUGAAUGUGAAUCUAAGGCUGAUACCCUAAAAAUUAUUAAGGCCUAUCACACAAAAAGAUUGGAUAUAAAACACCGUUUAUUCAUUUACACUAUGCACGAUGUUGAAAGAUUAAGCAAUUUGACUACUGAGGAAAAAGAAUUUAAGGAACCAGAAUUACCACCAUUUGUCUCCUCUGGUGAAUUAAAAUCUUGGUUAUUAGAUGAAAAUGUUCGCGAUCAAUAUGUUAUUCAAAAUGAAAAGUUGACUACAGUCUUUUGGAAUAAUGAUAAAAAGGAUGAAGUCACCGAAGAAGCUGUUGUUGAAUCUAGAAACAACUGGUCAAACAACUAUGUUAGAUUCUCUCCUAAGGGUACCUACUUAUUUUCAUACCAUCCUCAGGGUGUUACUGCUUGGGGUGGCCCACAUUUUAAUAAACUAAGAAGAUUUUAUCACCCAAAUGUCAGAACCUCAAGUGUCUCUCCAAAUGAAAAAUAUUUAGUUACAUUUUCUACUGACCCAAUUGUAAUUAAUAAAGAUGAUAUUCCAGAGGAUAUUGAAUGCCCAUUUACCAUCAAAAAUGAAGGUCAUCAAUUAUGUGUUUGGGAUAUUACCACUGGUCUUUUAGUUGCUACUUUCCCAGUGAUCAAAUCUGAAUUUUUACAUUGGCCAUUAAUCAAAUGGUCUUACAAUGACCAAUACUGUGCCAGAUUAGUUGGAGACACAUUAGUUGUUCAUGAUGCUACCAAGAAUUUUGCCCCAAUGGAAUCAAAAACCUUGAAAGUUUCAGGUAUUAGAGAUUUUGAAUUUGCUCCUACUGAAGUACAGUUAUUGCCAAUCAGAUCUAACAAGCCAGACCCAUCUGUCUUGCUUGCUUAUUGGACUCCUGAAACAAAUAACAUGUCAUGUAAAGCUACUAUUGUCGAUGUCGGUAGAAAUAACGGUCGUGUUAUUAAAACUGUUAAUUUAGUCCAAGUCUCUAAUGUCACUUUACAUUGGCAAAAUGAUUCGGAAUAUUUAUGUUUCAAUGUUGAGCGUCAUACCAAAUCAAAGAAAACUUUCUUCUCCAAUUUAGAAAUCUGUAAGAUUAAUGAAAAAGAUGUUCCUGUAGAAAAGAUUGAAUUGAAACAUCGUGUGGUUGAUUUCAAAUGGGAGCCUCAUGGAAAGAGAUUUGUUACUAUCGCUCUUGAUGAAACCAACGACGACGAUAAUAACAAUAUUGCCAUGCCAAGAAGUGUGGUACAAUUCUGGGCUCCAGAAAAGGUUGACAAACCAAAGGGUAAGCAACAACAACAAGGUAGUGUUAUUGUUAAAAAAUGGGUAAUGAUCAAAGAAUAUGUCAGAAAAUUCUCCAAUACUAUUUCUUGGUCACCAGCUGGUAGAUUCGUUGUUAUUGCCACAUUAGUUAAACCUAAUCUAAGAAAACCAGAAUUAGAAUUCUUUGAUUUGGAUUUCAACGGUGAGAAGACCAUCAAUGAUUCAAAUAUCAAUGUGCCAGUUCAAGCUCGUUUGAAGGACAUUGCACAACCACCAUGUGGUAAUGUCACUGAUAUCUGUUGGGAUCCAUCAGGUAGAUUUUUAGUUGUUUGGUCCUCAGCAUUGAAACAUAAGAUCGACCAUGGUUAUAAGAUGUUUAACGUUGCAGGCCAAUUAUUAAGAGAAGAAGCCAUUCCAAAUUUGAGAAAUUUCGUCUGGAGACCAAGACCACAAUCUUUGUUAGCUAGUGCUGAAAAGAAGAAAGUAAAGAAGAACUUGAAAGAAUGGUCUUUGCAAUUUGACGAGCAAGAUGCUAUGGAAGCUGACACUGCAAUGAGAGAUUUGAUCUUGAAACACCGUGAAAUGUUGGCUCAAUGGAGUGCUUAUAGACAAGAAACCGUUCAAACCUUGGAAACUGAAUUCAAUGCCACUGUCAACAAAGUUGGUGCUUUGGUUCCAUUAUCUAUGGACGGUUCUGAAGACGACGAUUAUACUGUCGUUGAAGAGAUCAAAGAAGAAUUAAUUGAAGAAAAGAGAGAGCGUGUUUAA